GAGGAAAGAUUAGUUUGCGCGCCAAACACAUAAAUAAAUCAAAAUGGUGGCGGAAGAAAUCGAGAGGCCUGCUUGGCUUCAAAAACAAGUACGCGAUCUCACCGAAAAUUGGGAAAUUCCGCUCGGUGAUGAAUUGGAAAAGUACCUCGAUCAGCUUGAGAAAGUUGAAAUAUCUUUUGAUGGUGGCAAGACAACCUUGAACUUUAUUGAAGCUGCAAUGUUCAUCCAAGGAUCUGCUUGUGUUUAUAGUAAGAAAGUUGAAUACCUUUAUGCCCUGGCAGUUGCUACUUUGGAAAUUGUGUCAAGCAGACAUAAGCAAUCCCAAGCACCCUCCGUUGAUGAACAUGGAAAUGACAAAGACACAACAUUUGAUCAGCAUCGAGAACACGAUGAGUUACUGGAUUUGGACGAUAUAAAGGAAUGUGACAAUAUUGAACUUAAGGAAGAAUUGGAUAGAAGUGAUAAUGAGGUGAAAACGAUACCAAGAAUCCCAUUUGCAUUGAUGCCAAAAAAUGAAAUGAAUAGACGGGGUGAAGAUGUUUUAUUGAACCAUAAAGGAGAGGUGAUUGGCAGUCGCAAUGAUUUCAAGUUAAACACCUGCAAAUGGCAUUCUUCUGGUGCACUGCUAAUGGAUGUUAACAGUAUUUCAAUGCUAGAGAACUCUAUGUCAAGAAAACCAAUGUCUACACCAGCAAUGAAUAAAGCAAAACAAAAUGGAAUGAUGGACAUACAAUCUACUGACGAGAAUCUAUGCCAUGCAUUGGCAACUGCUGAUGCUCAAGCUGCUAUGGAAAUUGAAGAUUGCAAUGCGAGUUACGGUGAUAAUCAGGGAUUUGGUGGACAUGAUGAUGAUGAUUUUGGUGAAAAUCAGUACAUGCCAUCAUCACCCCUUUCAAGAUCUCAAGACAACGUGAAUGUACCUGAACUUCGAGAAAGGAGGCAAAAAGAGAUAGAGAAUGCCAGAAAGGAGGCAAUUUGGGAAAAUCCAUGGGAGGAGCUUGAUCCAUAUACGGAAAUGAAAUACAAAGAAAAGCCUUUCAAGAAAGGAAGGACAUUCAAAAUUCCGCUUAAUUUGAAGCUUCCUGGGAAAGAAAAAAAGAGGAAAAGAAAGAAUGAACAAGCUGGAUCCAGUUUAGAAAUACCUGUUUGCCCGAUCGCUGAAUUCUGUGGAAAAGAUUAUCUAACUUAUCGCAAAUGUCCUGGUAAAUCAAAAAGCAAAGAGAAAUGGUUUCAAGAAUUUGGGUAUUUAUACCACAUUGAAAAUGAAAAGCGAAAAGAAGCAAGAAAGAAGGAGCGGAAAUUAUUAGCUUCUAGGUUUACUGAAGAACAAAUGGCGGAUAUUGAAACAAUUGUUGAAGCCGCUCAAGAUGAUGAUUAUGAUGGUGGAUCAGACUACGAUGGGGGUUUUGAGAUGCCAGAUCCACAGGCUUAUCAGCAACAGCCAAAUGAUGAAGCACCAAUAGAAACGAUUAGGCAAGGAGACCCAUUUGAAGAUGAGAUUCUCACAAGCUAUGAAGACCUUGUUAGACAACAUAUUAAUAAUUACAUCGAUGAGGCUGAGAAUUAUGCUCAGCAAACUGAAUUAUCAAAAAGAGUUAAAGAGUGGCAAGAAAAGAUUUUACCUGUUCUUGAGGAGGAGGAGAAGCAUGGCUCCUAUGAUAUACACCAAUAUGGAACUGAAAUAUUGGAGUCAUUUUCCGGAACACCAAAAACAACUUUUAAAGAUAUUGUCAAACACAAGGAGCGAUACCAGAUAUGCAGAUACUUUUUGUCAACUUUGUUGCUGGCAAAUAUGAACAAUGUUGAAAUUAUCCCCCCUGAGGAACAGCUAUCAAUGGACAUGAUAAACCUGAAAUUACUGGAUACAACUCCUGCCCAUCAAGCAAUAUCAAACUACAAAGCACCCUCUUUGAUAAAUCAAGGAAAUUGAAUAUCGUUUACUGAAAGCAAAUUGUACAAAAAUCAUCAUGUUUUUAUUCAUAUUUUUUGUUUUAUUACCAAGUAGUUAGCUUGUUUUUAAUUGUCAUUUCCCAUGAAAUAUUGUUAGUGUAGGUCAGCUGAAGGCUCUUUUUGAAUUCAAAUAAAUGGAUCAGCUUGCUUUAUUACAUUUAGCAAAAGAGAAUCUACCCUAUACAUGUGUAUAAUAACAUUUUUUUCAAAUUCUAAACCAGCUCCACUUUGUAAGACAUAUCUUCUGAAAAUUUAUAUCUAUUAUGAGGAAAAUGUCUAAUUUGAA